UCUAAUCUUCUCAACGUUCGAUCAGAUUACACCGUCAACCGUCUUCUUCCAAAUCACAAGUUUCUCUUUCUCAAGGUCUCACAUCUGCGGAUCAUAUCAAGGGUACAAUUAUCAUAAUCUCUAUUUGGCUCAUAUACGUAUAUAUACUUGCACUUUAGUAGUCCACGGUUGUUUUCAUUUGGGUUUUGUAUUUUUGGGUACGGCAUUAAAGAAUGGAAAUUUGUUAAUAAUUGGGUUUGUGGCAAUGGGUUCUGUUUUGGGUAAGUUGAAGUUGACAUCUUGAAUGUUUUUCUUCUUUGGUCUGUGAGCACAUCUGAAUUAAGUGAAGUGAAGAUUUGGUUUUUCUUAGUAAUUUUUGAGUUCUGUUAGUAAUGCUGAGUGUAGAUUGAAGAUUUUUGUUGGAAAUGAGUGAGAUGCAAGUGUUGAUUUUAAGUUUUUGGUGGUUGAUAAUUUCAAGGGAGAACUUUUUCUUCCCUUCCCGAUCGGUGAUUAGCAAGUGUUGAUUCAGACUCGGGCGUUUUGGUUAAGAAUAUUAGGAAUUUAGGAGUGAAUAUGAGUAGCUCUGGUCUGGGUAAUGGAUUUUUGUCGGGUUACUCUGGUGGAUUCUUGGGAAUGAAUAGGGCUCAACAACCUCAAUUGAAUGGUAAUGAUGUGGGUAAUAAUCGCAUGCAAUCAUCAAUGGAUCUUAAGUUGGAGCUUGAAAACGGGAAGCGUAUUGAGCUGCUGGAAAGGAAGGGUCCUGCCCAAAAAGGUUUUACGAUGAGUUUUGGUAAGGAUAAGAGAGUUUUUUGUAAUAAUGAUAUGAGUGAUGAGGAUGAGCCAAGCCUUGCAGAGGAUGGGAAUGGCGAGAAUGAGGAUGAGGCACCGGGAAAAAAGGGAUCUCAGUGGCAAAGAAUGAAAUGGACAAAUAGCAUAGUUAGGCUUCUCAUACAAGUGGUUGCGUAUGUUGGGGAUGAUGUUUGUUUGGAGGGUCCAGAGGGUUUGAAGAGAAAGUCUGGUUGCAUUCAGAAGAAGGGUAAAUGGAAAACGAUCUCAAAAAUUAUGAUAAGUAAAGGUUGCCAUGUCUCACCCCAGCAGUGUGAGGAUAAAUUCAAUGACUUAAACAAGAGGUACAAGAAAUUGAAUGAUAUUCUUGGGAGAGGUACUUCUUGUGCGGUGGUGGAAAACCCUGCUUUGAUGGAUUCUAUGCCUCAGCUAUCUGCAAAGGCCAAGGACACUGUAAAGAAGAUACUGUGCUCAAAACAUUUGUUUUACAGGGAAAUGUGUGCUUACCAUAACGGACAAAAAAUACCAGAUUGCAGUGAUCUUGAGUUACAAAUUCACUCUUCAUCAGUUGCCACUCAGUGUUCAAAGGAUAAUAAUGGCUGCCCAGGAGAUGAAGCCGAAGAAAAUGAUGAUUCUGUGGAUGAUGAAUCAGGUGAUGAAGAAAAUAAUACUGCUAGUGGUGAUGCAGUAAAGACGGGAACUUGUUAUGAGAGAAGGGAAAAUGAAGGGAAUGUCAACUUGUCACAAUCUAUUGAUAAUGAUAGUUUUGGAGUUGAAAUAGAUGAGUUCUUUCAGGACCCUACGAAAUCCCAAUGGGAACGGAAAGUUUGGAUUAAGAAACGGAUGCUACAACUGGAAGAAGAGAGGGUUGGUAUCGAAGAAGAAGCCGUUGAGUUGGAGAAAAGGCGAUUUAAGUGGCAAAGAUUUUGCAGUGAGAAAGAUAGAGAGCUGGAAAUUGAAAGAUUGGAGAACGAGAGGUUGGUAUUAGAGAAUAAGCGGAUGGUACUGCAACUGAAACACAAGGAGCAUGAAUUAGACCUUCCAACGCCCUGUGUCCCUUUCAAAUCUGGUCCUCUCAGCCUUGAUAGGCCAUGAGGAAGAGAUCAGACUGAUGCGGCUAGGUAUCAAUAAUUCCCCAGCAUAGGAGAUCUGUAAGUUUUCCAGUCAACCUGUAAGGUAUAAACCUAACUGGCAGUGCACUAAGUUAAACCUACCUUCUGUAAAAUAGGGAAAGUUUCUUUGGUUUUUGUUGUGAUCAUAGCUUGAACUCUUUGUAUUUAAGCAUUAUUUAUGACUCUUGAUUGUCAACAGAUUUUAUUCCAUUUUUGUUUUGAUACUAAAUCAUCUUGCUUCUUAAUACUUCA